AUGUAUGUAUUUGGGAUUGACAAACAGGAGUUUGGACUUAAGCCGAUGAAUUGCCCUGGCCACUGUGUCAUCUUUGAUCAUAGAUUUCGUUCUUAUAGGGAGUUACCUCUCCGGCUGGAGGAUUUUGGUGUCCUGCAUAGAAAUGAACUUAGUGGGGCACUGUCUGAAUUAACAAGCUUUUGGAGUUUCGAGCAGGAUGAUGCUCAUAUCUUCUGUAGGGAAUCCCAGAUAAAAGCUGAAGCCAAGAAUGUUUUGGAAUUUGUAGAGACGUGGGACAAAGCUGAAGGUGCUCCGGCUGAAAGGAAGUUCCAGUGUGCAACAUUACAGCUCGAGUUUCAGAUGCCAACCCGAUUCAAGCUGUCUUAUUCGGCGGAAGAUGAAGUUAAGAGGGAAAGACCUGUCACGACUCACAGGGCUGCCCUUGGAUCUGUCGAGCAACUGCUCGCUAUUCUUUUGGAACACUGCAAAGGAAAAUGGCUUUUCUGGCAAAGUCCAAGACAAGCAAUUAUUCAAAAAUCUGGAUACUAUGUCGACGUUAAAAAGAUUGGCAAAAAAAUUCGAGAAGCUCAGUUGGCACAGUACAACUAUGUGUUGGUGCUUGGUGAGUGGGAACUCGGAACAGUGAGCCGAAGAGAUAGAGAUGACUCUGGUACGGCCAAACCUAGAGUUAUGAGCGUCGAAGAGCUCCUGAAGUUCUUCAACGAAGAAGCUGUAGCUUUUCAUUGA